GUGUCCCUUCAGUUCACAUCCCGCCUCGCUACUAUCCCCCUGUACCACUUCUGUCCGCAUCAUGGUCACCUAGUUCCCGCCUAGUAGUACUAUGGCCUCAGCGACCCUAUCAUUCCGGCGCCUUUCGCGAUUCGCCAGCACCAGCACCACCGCCGCCAGCCACUGUUUCCGCUGCAGCCGCCAGACUGCCUCGCACAGCCGGGUCGCCGUUGCGAGCCAGACUAGUAGCGCGCACCACCGAGUCGGAGCGUCAGGGAUUGGUAUUACCGAGGAGACUAGCACACCGAGUAUUGCAAGCACAUUUCCUCUCUCGUUCUCCCCGCAAGGCUCGCCGGAACGAGCGCUCGGUUCUCCGACUUCGUCUAGUAUCACAUCCUCGAUAAUGGCAUCUCCGCUGACAGCUGAUCUGCGGUUCCCGCUAGUAGGUGGCCCGCGAUGUCCGCUCAGAUGGAAGGGGUAUUGGAGGAGCCAAUCACUGGUUUCGCCAGGUUAUGGCACGCUGCGAUUCGAUUCGGCUGACGUCAGCGUGAGAAUUUCUGAGCGGCUUUACUCGCGACGCGCUGUUUCUGCUACCACCAGCGCUGGCGCUGACGUGGCGAGAGCUGAUGGUGAACUGGCGAAUCAUGGCGCUGACGUGGCGAGCUCACAGGGGACCAGGGAGGCGGCCAUAGCAGCGGGAUCCGCGGAAGGGCUGCUGGCGUUCUAUGCUGACCACCACGUGGUUCCGCUGCCCGAUGGGCAUCGAUUCCCCAUGGACAAGUACCGCAGCACUCGCCUCCUUCUGCAGUCAGAUGCAUCUUUAGAUCGCAUCCUGGCCGUCCAUCCCGCUCCCCUAGACUCCCUGGAGGAGCUGCAGCAGGUGCAUGAGGAGGGCUACCUGGCACGCCUCUUCUCCCACUCGCUCUCCCCCCAGGAGCAGCGCACCCUCGGCUUCCCCUGGUCGCCCCAGCUGCUGCUGCGAUCACAGGCCUCAUGCGGAGGCACUGUAGCAGCCACCCAUGCGGUGCUGAUGGGGCUUAGGCAGGCGGCAGGAGUGCUGGCGGGCGGCACACACCACGCGUUCAGAGGCCACGGGGAGGGCUUCUGUGUGUUCAACGACAUUGCAGUAGCCGCCACCGUGGCGCUCGCUCACUACCCCACCAUCUGCAAUGCCGUCCGACCGAUCUUGGCCCUUGAUCUGGACGUGCACCAGGGCAAUGGCACGGCGAGCAUAUUUGAGGGCGACCCCCGGGUGAUCACCUUCUCAGCGCACGGCGCCAACAACUACCCGUGGCGCACCAAGAUGCGCUCCGACCACGACGUGGAGCUGCCGGACGGCACAGGGGAUGCAGCUUACCUCGCUGUGCUGGAGGAGUGGUUGCCAAGGCUGUUUGACCAGCACCGGCCGAGCCUCGUCCUUUUCCAGGCAGGGGUGGAUGCUCUCAAGGAGGACAGCUUUGGCAGGCUAGGAAUGACGAGAGCGGGCAUGCUGCGGCGGAACAACAUGGUGUACAGUACAUGCAUCAACAACAAUGUGCCCUUGGUCAUUACCAUGGGGGGGGGGUACUCACGGCCACCCGAUGCUUCUAUUGCAGCGCAUGCUGAUGUGUAUCGAUCAGCAGCAUAUAGAUUCUCCAUGGUUAAGGCAAGUUAGGAUUGCGACCUUGUAAAAGGUAGGUUCCAUUUUCGUCGCUGGUUUUCCUUUAGGAGUCUACGAGCCCUUCUAUAAGUUCUAAUGGAAGGAGUUUUUUUUUU